AUGGCCGAUUCCUACACUGCCUUCAUAGACACCACCCUCGACACUCACCUGGCCUUAAUUGUUGCCGCUUCCGACACUGUUUCCGACCUCAAGAAGAAAAUACUUGAUGAACACAAGCUCUGCUUUCCGACCACUGGGGACAUUAAAAUUCAUGCUUUGAAGGUAAAACGUCGAGGGAUCUUUUACCAUUUAUCGGAAUCCAUGUUUCUAAAGAGUGUCUUUGACGGCACCAAUAAAAAUUGGUUUGUUAAUGUUGAUGCUUCUACUAUAGAGGACAAUGAUGACAAACAGCUUCCGCUCAAUCCCGAUUCUACCAACCUAGUAGCUCAGGUUGGUACCACAAAAAAUGGUUUAACUGACGAGGCUAACCUUCUCCCUGCUAGCCAUCCAAAAAGCUUGUUCAAUGUUGGUGAUUUAUCCCGGUCGCUAGAUGAGAGUGGCCAGCUCUCGAAACAGAAGGCUGACCAGCUGGGUUUUUCUGUUGCUGGAACAGAAGAAUUAAAUAAUUCAUGCUUAGUUGCAUAUAAAGGUGAUCAUCACGAUAAGGUUACAAAAUUGGCCGACAGUGGGUCAAAUCCUCCUAUACAGGAGAAAUAUGAUGAACCCAGCAAGGAAAAUGAAGUUCAAGAAACUGCAACUGGAGGUGUGGAAGGUGGUUCUGAGGAUGGGAUUGGUGAUAUUCAAGGCAGUACACCAUCAGAUGGAGCUCUUGCAACAGGAUUUGGUGCAAAGAAAAAGAAUAAAAGGAAGAGGAAAAGUAAGGAUGAUACAGAUGACCUUGCUGUAAAGGAAAAGGAUGCUUUAGUGUGUCAAUCUGGUGAAAAUGAAUCACAACAAGAGAGUGUUGCGAAGAAAAGGCGUAAAAUUGAGGAGGAAAAUGGGGGUGAUGGUUCAGUGAAGGAGAAGGAAAUUGUCCUUUCCGAUUCCAAUAAAGAGAUAUCCAAGCAUCCUACUAUCUCUCAGCACCAUUUAGUAAACAAUCAGAAAAAUGCACAUGCUGCUUUAGACUGUUUACCCUCUGAAACUCUGGAUCGUGUCAAUUUGACGUCAGACUGUCCAAGCAGCGGGAAGGGGAAAAAGAAAAAGAAAUCAAUAAAUCCUCUUAAUCUAGUAACUGCUGGAGUUCCUUCAUCCAAUGAAGAUGUUAGGGGAGAGAGUAUGGAAGUUAACCCCAAUGAUUUCAGCAAAGAGCCCAAUACAGCACCUGCUUCUGUUCGGGGAAUAACAAUUUCUGAGUCCUGUGCUAUCUCUGUGAAGGAAAAACACAUUGAUCCUGCCCAACAAGAUAAAAGGCCCUCUCCACAAGACAUGGAUAUGAAUGACACAGACACUACCGAUGCAAAAGUUGAUGGACUUGAAGAGGAAAGAGAGUCAUUGCACCCAGAAUCUCUGCCACAUGAGAAGUGCAAAAUAUCUGACAUGAGAUCUAAAGAAGCAGUUAAUACUUCUCAACCGAUUGAGGCUAGUGAAACUGUGAAUCCUGGGACACAAUCCAAGAAGAGAAAGAAAUCCAAAAGGACGGGGAAUUUGUUGAGCACAACACCAACAUCAGUAACCAAACAUGUUAAAAGCUCUGCAGCUGCUAAUGCUGCUUCAACCGAGUCUCAUAAAGCUGUGAAUGUGGAUGAUUCCAAUGAUAAAGGAUCAGGUUCAGAAAAUGUUAAGAGCUCUGCAGCUACUGGCACUGCUUCAACUGAGCGCCAUAAAGCUGUGAAUGGAGAUGAUUUCAAUGCUAAAGUUAACCAAGAGGAAAGCAAUUUGCCUGCAAAGGAAGGGAAAGAAGUAGCGGAAAUGGAUACUGUUGUGACUUCUGAAUUGGUUAAGGCUAGUGAAACUGUGGAUCCUGGGACAGCAUCAAAGAAAAGAAAGAAGUCCAAAAGGAUGACAGGUUCGUUAAGCAGAACACCAGCAUCAGGUAAAGAACAUGUUAAUAGCUCUGCGGCUGCUGAUGCUGCUUCAAUGGAGCCUCAUAAAGCUGUCAAUGACAAUUCCAAUGAUAAAGUUAACCAGGAGGAAAGCAAUUUGCUGGCGAAGGAAGGGAAACAAGUCUCGGAAAUGGAUAGAGAAGUAGUUGUCACUUCUGAAUUGGUUGAGGCUAGUGAAGCUGCAAAUCCUGAGACACCAUUGAAGACAAGAAAGAAGUCCAAACAGAGAAGGGAUUUAUUAACCGGAACACCAACAUCCGGUACAGAACAUGUUAAUGGUUCUGUGGCUGACAUUUCUCCGACUAAGCCUCAUGAUGCUGUGAAUAUGGAUGAUUCCAAGGAUAAUGGAAAUAAAGAGGAAAGUAAUAUGGCUGCAAAGAAAGGGAAAGUGGUGUCAGAAAUGGAUGCAGCAAGUACUUUUCAUCUAGCUACUGAUACAGAAAUUGAUAAUGUGAUUGAGAAUGUGGUGAAAAAUGCUGUCAGUGGUUAUCCAUCUAAAACUGAUCAUUCUGACAAAGCUGGUUGUGGUAUGGAAGUUUCCUGUGGAAGUGAUAGGAUCAACUUCAACAAGUACUUUGUGCCUAGCCAAGACCAUGGCGAAACUGCUGCGUCUGGAGAGGUGAUUGUUGACAAAGCAACUAAAGCAAAAGAAAUUAGUGGUAUGAAUCCUAACAAGAAGAAAAAGAAGCUAGAUGCACAUUCUCAUGGUCCUUCAUCUGAUUUACAUGGUUCAUUGAGGUUAAAUGGGAACAAUGGAAUUCGAGAAAAGCCUCCAGCUGGUGGGGUUAAAGUUCCACCAUCUAGCAAGUCUCAUAAGAUCAGUUCCAUUCCUGCAGAAGCCAGAAAAUCUGGUGCUUUGACACCUGUUGACCCCGAUACCUUUGCAACAAAUAACAAAGAACCUUCUGGUGCAUCAAAUUCUAGCUUGGAAAGUUCUAGAAGCAUAAGGGGUAGAGGGCAUGGCUCAGAUAAAGAUUUCAAUCAAAUGAACGGUAGAAAAGUUUACCCUGCUAAAAUUGGGGAGGUUGUAAAUAGUUCACAACGUAAAAAGAGCUUAACAGGAAAAUCAGGCACAAUAUUCCAGGAUGAUAAUUAUGAGCAUUCUGCUGAUGAUAGAACUGACAGUUCAGAUUCCAGCACUAGAACUCCAGACAAUUCAUCGUCUUCUGACUACUCAGACGGAGAAAGCAAUUCAGAUGUUAACUCAUGUGAAAAUGGAUAUAACAGCUUGAAGAGCAAGGAAGGUGGUGGAAAGAACAUCAAAAAACCAUUUUCUUCAGGUCUAACCUUGGAGAAGAUCCUUAAAAGUUCAAGCAGAUAUAAGCAGGCCAAGCUAACAGCUUCCCAGUCGCAGCCGGAGGACACCGAAAGUGAGCCUGUUGAUAUUGUUCCGGACAGUCAAGCAAACCCUUGA